AUGGAGUCACCUAAAACCAUACAAUUGGACCCAACUGGAGGGUUCGUGGUCAAAACCAGAGUACUAGAAGGCGAUGCCAAACACCCUCUCUCGACAAAAGUGUUCAUCAACGUGUGUCACGAUGAGAAGGUGCCGAAACCACCAGGGGAGUUUGUUCCAGAGAAAGUGUUUCCCUUAAUUGUGAAAAACGAAUGGGAAAUCCCGUUGAUUGUUUCGUUGGAAAAGCGUGAUAAGGAUAAGAAAGGCGUGCCGUCACUCGUGUAUGAUUGUUGCAUUAAUAGCGAGUGUUUCAGAUGGGUACAAGUGAACAAUGACCUACGGCUCAUAUUGAUCGAGUGGUGCAUUGAGUCAGUAGAACUCAUGUACAAUAUGGUUCUUGAUCGAACAUAUAGCUUUCCAAAAAUGCUUAGCAAGGGAGAGCUCUCGAAGACAGAGGUGAGCGAGGAAGAGCUCAAGGGAGGUCUACAGAAGAAAUUACAAGAAUUAAAGAAGAACGAAGUACUCGGUCUACUAGAAGAGCUAGAACCACAGCCUGUGGAAGGAGGCGAGUUGCCUGAUUUGAUGAAUAUCGAGGGCAAGAAGCGCAAACCGCUAAUCGAGGAGAUCGACCUGAUGUCCUUGGACAAGGAAAGCACUAGAGAAACGAAGACAGUAAGUCAACCAAGGAAAGAGUCACUGAAUCUGAAGAAUGGACCGACCGCUAUGGAAAUAUCCGUGGGCACAAGGAAACUACAGGACGGGAAGCUCUUGCUCAAGUUUCUGUCUCCGCAUCUCACUCCGGCCGUGGAAAUGGAGUAUUGCAAGGGAAAUCUUUCACUAAUUAACUUGAAUCCCGAUGUUUAUCUAGGCCAGAAAAACAAGCUCGAGGUCCCUCUUCCGCCUGGCUACGAGCCUCACAGAGUUUUCUUUUGCAAUAAAGACUCGACACUUUACGCAUUCGCCAAAGCGGUUUAG